UUCAUCGACCGUCGUAACAGCCAAGCAUGCAACGCAAACGCAGUCACGGAACGAUUCAAUUUAAAGAGUUUGACCUGCCAAAAACAGAUCAACGCUUUAUCAUUCUUUUUCAAAGUGAUCAAUGGGCUCAUUGACUCUCUGGAGGCGCUUGAAAAAUUUAGUAUAGUCUGCUUUUAUACACGCCUGAGUAGGAACCGUCUACUCGUCACGACGAAAUCAAAUGCCGCUCAUUAAAUUCUUUGAACAACACGCAAUAUUUACAUACAUAGUACGUACAUACAUACAUACAUUCAUAUGAACACACGAACGAAUUCCACGAAACAAGAAAGUGAAGCUAUUUCACAGCUAUCCCGGCUAGGAUAACGAAUAAGCAAUUAAAUGACUUCGUUAAAAGUUUGCCCCAGUCAAGAAACUGCAAAACUUUGCGCCUAUUCCAUUUGCACUAUGUAGCCAUACACACCAAGUUUUUUACCCACUAACAUACAAAUGAUACGACCAUACCUUAACUAAAAACAAAAUUAUUUCUUGCAUUUAAGCCAACGAGUCACUGAGGACUACAAACAAGCAAUGUUAGUAACUGAAUAACAAAGCCAUCGCAGCAGUGUAAAGGAAUGCAAACAAAUACCGAUACAGGACACCCAGUCAGCACAUAUGCACGUACAGAUGGCAGGUAGCUGGGUAACAAAAUGCGACGCAUGGAAAUCCAGAUAUCGACCAAACAACGUCACUCGCCACUAAAAGGCGUUAGUUAAUACUGAGCUUCUGGCCUUUGAUGUUUGUUCUUCGAAGCUGCCGAAACCGCAACUAAGACUGACACAAAAGUGCAAAAGACCUUAAAGUCAGCGGGGCUCGGUUCUUUAGGUUUAUCCUGCAGCAGUAAUCUAAUGCUGUCGCAGCCGCAGCCACUAAAAAAGAUACAUACAAGCACUUCACGAAGGAUAGUGACUUACUAACUUGCGAUUGCAGCUUGCUGGGAGGAAUUUACCCAUCCUCCUUCAUCCACUUACGCGAUUUCAGUAGCACAUUUGUUGCACGCCUUCAAGUGUUGUGCCUAAGUACUCGGUGCGCGAGUGUUACGUGUUGUUAAAGCUAUUUUUAACAUAAAAUGCUGACAAAAAUGUGUGGCGGAUAAGUGCAAAAAAUGUUAAAUUAAAAUUUACGAUUAGCACGCGAAUUCAUAAGUGCAAUAAUCCUUUGCUAAGAAGCCUCGAACCUGCGGUUAACAAAAGUGACAGUGCAGCAAACUUAUUCUAGUACCUGAGUGUGUGAGAGUGGCAUUAGUGCCUCCUAUGCUUUGGCAAGUGCACAUAAGUUUUGGAAACUUAGCACAUACAUAUGUAUGUAUGUAUAUGUAUAUGUACAACAAAUAGCUAAACUAGCAUGCAGUGAAUUUUUGAUGGCUUAGAAAAGAUAUCAACGAAAAAUGGGUGAUUCGGAUAGCGAGGACAGCGAUGGCGAGGGCGGACUUGGAAAUGUGUCACGCGUUAUCAUACGGCCGCCAGGUCAGAGCGGUAAGGCUAAACGUGGACAUCUUUGCUUUGAUGCUGCUUUUGAGACGGGUAAUCUGGGUAAAGCUGAUCUUAUUGGCGACUUUGAGUAUGAUCUAUUUUUACGUCCGGACACUUGUAAUCCUCGCUUUCGGUUUUGGUUCAAUUUCACUGUGGACAAUGUAAAACAAGAUCAGCGUGUACUCUUCAAUAUAGUUAACAUUAGCAAGCCACGUAAUUUAUUUAAUUCCUCUCUGGUGCCGUUAGUAAAGUCGUCGAGCCGUCCCAAAUGGCAACGAUUACCGAAGAAGAACGUUUUUUACUAUCGUUCGUUGCUGCAUCAAAAUCAUUAUGUGCUUAGCUUUGCUUUCUCCUUCGAUAAAGAAGAUGAUGUGUAUCAAUUUGCAGUAGCGCCACCUUAUAGUUAUUCACGGCUACAAGCAUAUUUAAAUGUGAUCGAUGCGCGACAAACGGAGCAACGGUUCGUGCGUAGUGUGCUGACAAAGAGUCUGCAAAACCGUAAUGUCGAUCUGCUCACCAUCGAUCACGUCACCGCCAAAGCAAAGGCAUCACGCCUGGAUCGCGGUUUUAUUCGCGUCAUCGUUAUAUUAUGUCGUGUACAUUCCGGUGAUACACCGGCCUCCUUCAUGUGCCAAGGAUUUAUUGAGUUUCUAAUCGGCAAUCAUGCGAUUGCAGCGACACUACGCGAUAAUUUCGUCUUCAAAAUUUUGCCGAUGGUUAAUCCAGAUGGUGUAUUUUUGGGUAAUAAUCGUUGCAAUUUAAUUGGGCAGGAUUUGAAUCGUACAUGGCAUGUAGCCACGGAGUUCUCUCAUCCUACGUUGUAUGCCAUUAGGAAUAUGCUAAAGGAACUGGAUAACUCUGAUAUUUAUCAAAUUGACUUUGUUAUCGACUUGCACGCGAACAACAGUCUGCAUGGCUGCUUUAUCUAUGGCAACACAUACGAGGAUGUCUACCGGCAUGAACGUCAUCUUGUAUUUCCGCGGCUCUUUGCCACCAAUGCGCAUGAUUAUGUUGCCGAAAAUACCAUGUUCAAUGCGGACGAGAAGAAAGUUGGUUGUGCGCGUCGUUAUUUUUGUGAACGUCUCAGCGAUACGGUAAAUGCUUACACGGUGGAGAUCUCCAUGGGCGGCUACUAUUUAAAGGAUGGCAAAACUGUGACGCUCUACACAGAAGAUGGCUAUUACCGCUGCGGCCGCAAUUUGGCGCGCACUUUCCUCCACUAUUAUCGCUUCAUCAAUGUGCUACCGACGCCUGUUGUGUCUGAGGUGCGGUUGCGGCGGCGCAAUCGCCCACGCACUCAUCACUCACGUUCACGUUCCCGCACACGUUACGAAGUGAAGCCGCGUCCGAAGACAACGCGCUGUUAUGCGCCCAUUGCGUAUACGAAUCUCUCGAUACAUUACGACUCCGGUGGCUCAUCCGAUGAGGGCGGGUUUUCGCCCACGCGCCCCAUAGCGCCAAGUAGCAGUCUCUUCAGUGGCUAUCGGAACUAUCGACGUACGCAUGGCAGUUCGGCCGUCACACACGAUCAAUAUGCGCUGCUGGCGCUCAAGUCAACGAGAUACGAUCACUUGGGAGAUUUUGGCGGCGGCGGUGGUCGAGCCCAUGCGUAUCAGCAUAGCCGAGCGGCUACGGCUGAAAAGUCAAGCAAAGCAGUUACAUUCGAACAACCAUUAAACGUGCCACCCAAACCAUAUUUAUCGAUUAUUGAUCUUAACCAGCUGACGCGCGGUAGCUUGAAUCGAAAGACGGUCAGCUUCGAUGCGGAUCAUCGCUGAUUGACGGUACGGAGAGGGAGUAAAUUGCGUGCACUUAGCAAGUAGAUAGAUUAACAAAUUUUUCAUCCAAAUUGAUAUCUUAUAGCUCAAUUUCAUCUACUACAAAUUUUUCCUCUUAGCCAUUUACGCUUUAUUAGCUUUAAGUACAUACUGUAGCAAUGAACUUGAACGCUUUUCAUGUCGAUUUUAAUACUUUUUCCGAAAAUAAACUUUCUCUACAUAGACCAAAAUCGAAUCACUUAGAUGAGUCAGCUAAGAGUUUAUAUUAUGUAAAAGACGUGAAUGCAAUGGAACAUAUCUAGGG